AAACAAAACUUUAAAGAAGAAGAUUUUGUAUUGGAGAAAAAUAAAGAGAGAACCUAUUUUGACGAACGGCUACGAUACACACCAGGUAGGUUGAUAUUAAUAUAUAAACUUUUCAUACUACUAGUCUUACCCUUCUUCGUGUGGAGGUAGAGAGAGAGAGAGAGAGGGAGAGUGAAAGAGAGGAGAGAAAGCGAGAGAUGAAUUCUUAUGAGACGAAAGGCUUAAGUUUCGAAUCCCCAAGCUUUAUUGAAUGGCUUAAACCUCAAUCUUCUACUACUUCUUCUAAAUCUGUGUUAUAUCGUGGGAAGACAAGAGAUGCUAUAUCAAGAUCAAAUCACCACCAGAGUCAGAUGAACAUGUUGGAACGAUCUCUAUUCUUGUACCAACCACAAGAACCACUCAACACGUCUAUUCAAUGCUUGCCUCUUCUAAACAAGCUCAUGGAAAAUAAUAGUCAAGCCUCGGAUAUCAAAGAAGAGAAUAAGGAUGAUGUGGUUACCCUCCAAAUCGGAUUUCCUAAAUACCACCGUGGUAGCUCGGAGGAUGGCUCUGAUAUAACUUUCGAUCAUCAGAAGAAACCCAUCAAGAGAGAGAUAAUAGAAGAUGGUGUGGUGAUGAUGAAGAAGAGGAGGAAGAUGAAGUUUGAUGAGGAGAUAAUUGAUUCUGAUGUGGAAGUAUGUGGGAAGAGGUUUUGGAUACCAAGUCCGGCUCAGAUUCAUGUCGGUCCAAUGCAAUUUGCUUGCUCUAUUUGCAGCAAAACAUUCAAUAGGUACAAUAACAUGCAGAUGCAUAUGUGGGGACAUGGAUCUGAGUUCAGAAAAGGGGCUGACUCGUUGAAAGGCACAAUCCAACCGGCAGCCAUCCUGCGGCUGCCAUGCUAUUGCUGUGCCGAGGGAUGCAAGAACAACAUCAACCAUCCGCGGUCCAAGCCCCUGAAAGAUUUCCGUACACUUCAGACACAUUACAAACGUAAGCAUGGCUCCAAGCCCUUUUCUUGCGGAAAAUGUGGCAAAGCCUUGGCUGUGAAAGGCGACUGGAGGACCCAUGAGAAAAACUGCGGAAAGCUUUGGUAUUGUACAUGUGGAUCAGAUUUCAAGCAUAAGAGGUCUCUCAAGGACCACAUUAGGUCCUUUGGCAGUGGACAUUCUCCUCACCCGUCUCUUUUGUUUGACGGUUUUGAGGAGGAUACAGAAUGCGUCACCACAGAGUGAGAAUGUUGUUAGAUACACCGGGGAGACUGUGGAAGGUAAGAUCCUAAUUUUCUAAUGUUGCUUCAAACUGUGCGCCACAAAACAUCUCAAGUCUACCAAAGAAUUUCUAUCUUGAAAAGGUAGAAAUUCUUUGUUAGACUCGAAAUCAAAAUAUAUAAAGUUACCACAUAAAAUGAAGCAACAUUUUAAAAUUUAGAUCUUUUUCCUUUGGAUACGGUUACGAUUAAGUCUACAUGAAACCCGGUGUCAUCUGUCUGUUUUUAUUUUAUUUUGCUUUAGUUUGAGACAUAGAUUUGAGUAUUUGUGUGUUACGUAAUAUGCAUGUGAUAUUAGGGUUCUUGGUUUGGUAGGGGAUUUUUGCUACUAAAUAAGUAACCUUAAGAAAAAAAGGAGGUUUAAUUAUGCUCACUAACAAAAACUUCUCUUUGUCCGAGGGAUGUAUUUGUCGGAGAGCAUUUUGUGGCUCGAGUAAACCCCUAUUUAUCUUAGUGAUUAGUAGUAAGUAUGAUUUCAAUCUUAAUUAGGGUUUUCUUCUUAAUAAAGAUGGUUUCUCUCUUUAAAAUUUUGUGAAGCACGUGAAUUUUCUGUUUCUCUCAUGUAUUUGUAUUAGAAGAGAAAAUUGGUGUGCUUCACUUCAUUAUUGUACGAUAAUCCUCAAUUAAAGACUCUUCCUAUUAUAUUGUC